UAGUUUGAAUGGAAAAAACAAAAUAAAACGAUUUUAUAAAUUUAUAUUCCGUUGAAAAAAACUUACCAGAAAUUCCAAAGCUUUACAAUGAAAUCAUUUUUCGCCCUUCUAAUCUCCGUCAGUUUCAUCAUCGCCUCCGCCGCUAAAACCGGCCACGUCAUCACUUUCCGAUCACCGUCUCUUUACCCGGAGUCAUUCACUUGGGAUCCUAAAUCUCACAACUUCAUCAUCGGCGGUACUCGUCACCAGAAACUCCUCUCAAUUUCCGAAUCCGGCGUAGCUGAAACCCUAAUCUCCGAUACUGAUUUACCGCAAAAUUCCUCAUUCAUCGGCCUUACUAUCGACCGCCGUAACAAUCGCCUCCUUGCUUGCAUUCACCGUAUCCCGACCGCCACUCACCCUUCCCCUUUCAACGCACUCGCCGCCUACGAUCUCAAAUCCCGCCGCCGCAUUUUCCUCACCCCGCUCCUAGACAAAAACGACCAAAACCCGAUCGCAACCGUAACAGAGAUAAUCCACCCCGCUGCCGCCAACGAUGUCGCCGUUGAUUCCUCCGGCAACUCUUACGUCACGAACUCCGACGGAGACUUCAUCUGGAAAGUAAACAUCGACGGCGAAGGUUCGAUUUUCUCUAGAUCGGAGAUCUUCAAAUCUCAUCCCGUGGACCUCAACGUCGACUACCACAAAUGCGGAUUAAACGGCAUCGUUUUCAUCUUCGAUGGGUACUUACUCGUCGUCCAAUCAAAUACCGGCAAAUUGUAUAAAGUCAACGUUAACGACGGUACGGCGAAGACUGUUAAUUUAAACAAGGAUUUAACGGCGGGUGAUGGAAUCGCCGUUAGAAGUGACGGCGUCGUUUUAGUAGUGAGUCAGCAUAAACUUUAUUAUAUUAAGAGUGAGAAUAAUUGGGACGAAGGAGUGGUGUUUGACGAAACUACCCUUGAUGAGGAAGGGUUUGCUACGGCGGUUGUAGUAGGGAAUAGGAAGAGGGUAUAUGUGUUAUAUGGGCAUUUAAUGGAGGGUAUAAUGGGUAAUGGAAAUAGAGAAGAAUUUAGUAUAGUUGAAAUAGAGGAAAAUGAAGAUAAAGAAGAUAAUAUAUGGUUAUUUGUUUUGGUUGGAUUUGGAUUAACUUAUUUUUUGUUUUGGAGAUUUCAAAUGCGUAGACUUGUACAAAAUAUGGAUAAGAGGGUAGCUUAGGUUUUGAUUAUUUUAUUUUUACUUGUUUUGUUGUAAUUUAUUUUGAUAAAUGACAAGUUUUUUUUCAUAGCAAA